AACAGUCAAACAUGUGGCUGAAACGUUUUCAAUAACACAAAAUUUGCCGUGCUCGUUCACCGAACAGUCCAAGUACACAAAAAAAAAAACAAACUGCAGAGGAGACAGAAGUGAGAGUGCCAGAGGAAUUAAGGAACUUCGAGAAACAGAACCAACUGCCGCCAAAAGCUGAAGAUCAGAGGUGCAGUCGGCAAUCGCCAGUGGCCAGUCUUCAGUCGCCAGUGCAUCAUCAUAAUCGAAGGAAGAAUGCAGCAUCUGCCGCACUGAGAGGCACAUCACAUCAGCAGAGGCAAUCGAGAGGUGCAACAGCAGUGGGAUCUGGGAUCUGGGAUCUGGGAUAGGGACGUGGAUCGGAAUAAUCUCGGCUUUGGCUGGACAAGAAGAUGCUAUUCAUGGAUGCGCUGUUCAACAGUUUGCUGGUGGUUAGCUCCGGCUAUGCGAUGUACACGCUGCAGCCAACGCAAACGCCCUACGGAUAUGCGGCGGCGGCUGUGAGUCUGGUUCAUGGGCUGCUGGGGGUGGUGCGGGCGGCGAACAAUGAUGACGAUGAGUGCAAUCGGCUGCGCCAGAUAACGUCCGGGGUUAUGGAGCUGGUGCCGCUGCCAUUGACCAACAUUGAGCUGUAUCUGAAAUCGUCGAGUCCGCAUUUGGCCAUGGCACAUGGCUGCUUUUUGGUGCCGCUGGCCUUCGAUGUGGUGUCCAAAUGGCGUGAUAUCGAGGAUAAUUCAACCGUUACGCUCAAGGAUCUGACGCUGCUCGGCAAUGUGGUGUCGCUGCUCUUCCUGGGUGUCAACCAGUCAAGCAACGUCUACGGCGGAAUGGCGGCAAUUGCGUUCGCAGCACGUUACGGCUCUGUCAUGUUCGACUACUACUGGGAGGGUCUGGGUGUCCACUUCAAUCUGCUGGCCAACUCCGCCUUCAUCGUGCUAAUGGCCAUGACUUUGACGACCAAAUCCUAAACAGCUAGCCAGACAGAACGCCCCCAGCCCAACACAUCUGAGCACAUUUCGACAGCAUCUUUAAUCUUUUGUUUCGGCGGCUCAAGGCUAACGCGUGCGGUUCAUUGGCUCAACAAUGGCUCAACCGGCGGCUCAAUAAACUUGCAAUUAAUGUUGGCAAAUUAAAAUGCAAA